AUGGAGUGCUCGUUUGGCAUCACUGGCAAGGACUACGUCCUCCUCGCCUCGGACAUGUCUGCCGGUCGCUCGAUCCUGCAGUUCAAGUCGGACGAGAACAAGAUCAAGGAGCUUGGCCCUCACCUUGCCAUGGCGUACGGCGGCGAGCCCGGUGACACCAACAACUUUGCCGACUACAUUGAGCGCAACAUGCGCCUGUACCACAUCCGCCACCACCACGCGCUCCUCCCUCACGCUGCUUCUAGCUGGAUCCGCCGUUCGCUCGCCGACUCGAUCCGCUCCCGCAGGCCGUACUCUGUCAACCUCCUCCUCGCAGGCUUUGACACCACCGACGACACCCCACACCUCUACUGGAUCGACUACCUCGGCACCAAGGCCGUUGUUCCCUACGCUGCCCACGGCAUGGGUAUGCACGUCUCGCUGUCGACCAUGGACAAGUACUGGCACCCCAACCAGGACCGCAGGGAUGGCGUUGAUGUCCUCAAGAAGGCCAUCGCCGAGGCCCAGCACCGCCUGUCGAUCAAGUUUACUUUCAACGCGAUCAUCAUCGACAAGGACGGUAUCCACACGGUUGACCUUGCCGCCGAGGACCCCAUUGGCAAGAUUGAGGCUGAGAAGGCCGCCAAGGCCGAAGCUGAGGCGGCUGCCGCGGCCGCGGCCGCUGCUCCCCCUGCAGCGGCUCCCGAGGCCAGCGCCCCCGUCGCCGCCGCCGCAUAG